GUUGUGCGUGACGUCAUGAUGCUGCGCGAGACUCCGCCCCGUCAGUAAUAACACACUCACUCUCACACAGACAGAGAGAGGGUCUGCUGGCGGAUUAUUAUCAGUAAUAACUGCGGUAAUAUCGUCGAUAUCUGCGUGAUGGAGGUGUGUGAGGAGAGCGAGGGCGCGCGCACGGCCGCUCAGAGGCGCGCGGAGAUCCGGAGGCGGAAGUUGAUGCAGAACUCCGAGGAUCGCAUGAAGAAGAUCGUGGGCUUCAGCCAGUCUGAGGACAGCAGCGCGGACAGACCAGCCCGAAGCGUCCUGGAGCCGCGGUUCCACCUGGACCUGGAGCGGCACGAGCCCUGUUCCGGCUCCGCUAAGAGGCCGUCUCCGCACCCGGCCGAGUCCGACAGGAGCGCCAGCGAGGCGGCGGGAGAAGAGGACUCGUUCCGAGAGCUGCCGUCCUCUCCUCGCAGGGGUCUGAGGAAGUACCUGUCCCGGCUCGACGACGCCAUGAAGCUGCGUGGGCAUCUGGCCGGAGAGAAGCCGGCUCCGGACCGCACCGGCACCGAGCCCGAGGAGCUGGACCCGUUCGGCCUGUUCCGCCUCGCCGCCAGCGUCGCUCUCGCAGUGUUCGUGCGCAUCUUCGUCUGCCAGUAUCUGUCCAUAUUCGCUCCGUUCCUCACUCUGGAGCUGGGCUUCAUGGGAUUGCACAAAUACUUCCCAAAGGUUUGUCUCUGCUUUGGAACUGAUAAUGUGGAGAAGAAGAGCCAGGCGACGGUGUUGACCGCUGCUCUCCUGCUGUCGGGGAUCCCCUCGGAGCUCAUCAGCCGCUCUAUGGACACCUACAGGAAGAUGAGCCUCGUGUUCUCGGACCUGUGUGUGUACUUCUUCAGCUUCGUCAUGUGUCACGAGCUGCUGCUGCUGUGCGGCUCUGACGGCUCCUGAGACACACACACACACACACUCCUCUUUCUCUCCUGUGGCCAUCACAGCUGUGAAACACACAUUUUCUGCAAGCCUGAGCUCCAUCCGUCACGUGUCCUGCCCGUCCUCUUCAUCUCCUGUAGUUUUCCUCAGUUCGUGGAGAGUUAUGUUGACCGCUGCGAGACUAGUGAAGAUCUCGUCCGACCCAGCAGAGUUUAACAGAUUCAUAUUUUACGCUAAAAUCAUGAGAACUUGAAGCCUGUUUUCUUUGCAUCCUCUUAUAUCAUCGCUGUUUCAGUUGAAUGUGAUGUUGGACCAGCAGGUUUAUGUCAGAUUUCUGUUUUCUAAGUGUUUCUGAAGAAAAGCACAUUCUCUGAUUUGCCGUUGUUCAGCGUUGCUGAUGUGUUUUAUGAUUUCGAGAGACUUUAGUAUUAUUAUGCUGCUCAUAAACAUGAGUUUACCAUAGAUCUGCAUGAUCUAUUGAUUAACUGUAAAUAAUGUUCUUUCAUCAUGGGACAGAUGAUCACCGUUAUUGAGUUGUUUCUGUUCAUGUUUACAUAAUCCUGCAAAACUGAUAUUCUAAUGUAAAUCUGUGUUUUUCACACUAAAAUGAGGCAAGUUGUGAGCUGUAAUAAUGUCUUUGAUUAUACCAAUAAACAUAAACGUGUCCUUCUGA